UCAGCGGCAGCAACAACAAGGAGAACAGCAGUUACCGUCACAUAUACACGCACACAAGGACAAAAGCCACAACGCAUCAUGGGUAACAAAGAAAGUGUCGAUGCUGCUGCCAAAUUGAAUGCCGAGGCCUGGGCUCAUGAGAGGAGUAGCCGCUAUCACAACUAUCGUCACAAUCAACGCUCUCAGUCGCUAAAUCGCGGCCAAACUCUAUCACAGGCAGACGUAAGCGGGAUGUGGUGACAUCGGGGUGCAUCAG